AUGUCGGCUGUCGAAAUACAAGUAGAAAUUAGGCGCCUUUUCGAAACUGACUCACUUCUGUCAUCGCCGCUGUGCUCUCUUUCUCGGCAUCGAUCAUACGUUUGCAAAUACAGACGCAAAUGUAGACGCGUGCUUUUCACCAUGACGGUCAAAGAUCGGUCUAUCGCUCCAGCACCACCCGCUUUCGUGACUGGCCGAUACCUCUUCACAAAAAAUGUCAUCGCUUCGUUAAUGGAGACCGCAGGAGGUGUCAGUAUCGAAUUUCCUUAUCUAUAUCAUCUAUAUUUCCGUCAGUUUAUCUACUUAGCUAUCUAUCGUCGGUAUUUCGGUAAGGUGGUGAGGUCAGUUAGCCGGUCUAUCUAUCUUCGUGAUGAGGUCAGUCUAUCUAUUUAUCUAUCUUCGGUAUUUUGGUUAGUUGAUGAUGUCAGUCUGUCUAUCUAUCUAUCUUCAAUAUUUUGGUUAGCUGGUGAGCUAUGGUUUAAAAAUUUGCUCUAUCUUUCCAUAUCUAUCUAUAUCUAUCUAUCUUUUCGUAUCUAUAUAUCUAUGUAUCUUUCCAUAUCUAUCUAUCUAUCCAUAUCUAUCUUUCCAUGUCUAUCUAUCUAUCUCUCUAUAUCUAUCUAUCUUUCCAUAUCUAUCUCUAUAUAUCUAUCUAUCUUUCCAUGUCUAUCUAUCUUUCCAUAUCUAUCUAUAUGUAUCUAUCUUUCCAUAUCUAUCUGUCUAUCUAUCUUUCCAUAUCUAUCUGUCUAUCUAUCUUUCCAUGGCUAUCUUAUUUAUCCAUCCUUAUAA